GGAGCCAAAGCACCACACAGGGCGACCCGGCAUCCCGACAUCCUAAGCACAGCGAGAAACAGAAGGGUAAAAGAAGGACAAGUGGACGGAAAGAGAGAGGGAGGACAAGGCAGGGGAAUACAGACCAGAGGGAGAAGAGCGAUAAGAACAAGAGAGAAGGACCGGACCAGGCAUGGCCUACUCGUUUAAGGGAGGGAGAAUGUCUACUCAGUUCUAUCUAGUGAUUCUGUUGGUGGGGCUAGGCGUCCACACCGUGGCCGUUGGGGGAGCUGCUAUAAGGCAGGAGAUGAACCUUGAGAAUGGUUUUACCACCCUGAACCACUCCAUGGCUCUGCUGCAGCGCAUGGAGUCCCUGCUGGUCCAAGGGAACGGCAGUGACGUGACCUUACGCGUGCGGACCAUCAGCACGGAUGAGAUGAAAGUGAUCCAGGCCCACAGUCUGGUGCUCACACUGCAGAGCGACGUGUUCGACGAGAUGCUCCAGAACAACAACAACAGCUUCCUCGUCCUCAGGGAGCCCCAGGACUGUGCUGCCGUCUUUGACAAAUUUAUCAGGUACCUCUACUGCGGUGACAUCGCUGUGCGUCUGGACCAGGCCAUUCCCCUGCACAAGCUCGCCAGCAAGUACCACGUGUGGAGCCUGCAGCAAGGACUGACCCGCUACAUGACUCAGCACCUUUCCAGUGACUCGCCAGCGGGUCACGUGGUGGGCUGGUACCAGUAUGCCAUGCAGAUCGGCGACGUCUCGCUGCGAGACAGCUGCCUGCAGUACCUGUCCUGGAACCUGUCGUCCGUGCUGCAGAGCGCCGAGUGGUCCUCCAUCAGUGACGAGCUGCUGAUGUCGCUCCUGCAGCGCUCGGACCUCAUCCUGUACAGCGAGCUGGACCUCUACGAGGCUCUGGAGAACUGGAUCGAGCAGAACCAGCCAGAAAGCACCAUGGUGGAGAACGCACUGCGAGCCAUCCGCUACGGCAUGAUCCCGCCCCAGCACUUGUUCCGCCUGCAGAAGCAGUCACCGCUCAUGAUCAAGUACUACGAAUCCAUCCGCGAUCUGCUCUUCCUAGCCUUCCAGUUCCACUCGGCCUCUCCCAUUCAGCUCGCCAAGUACUUUGACGUCAACUGCAGCAUCUUCACACCGCGCAACUACCUUUCCUCAUCGUGGGGGGCGCCCUGGGUAAUCAACAACCCAACGCGCGAUGACCGAAGCUUCAGUUUCCAGACGCAGCUGGGCCCCAGCGGCCACGACUCCAGCAAGCGGGUGACCUGGAACGCCCUGUUCUCGCCACGCUGGCUGCCACUGAGCGUGCGCUCAGGCUACGGUGAGCAUGGCGCCCUGCAGUCCACGCGCACCGAGCAUGGCCGGCCACGCAUCAUCGUCACCCCGGCCACAUCCAGCCCGGACUUUGCAGGCGUGAGCUUCCAGAAGACAGUGAUUGUGUCGGCUAGGCAGCAAGGCAAGAUGGUGGUCCGUCACGUCUACAACUUCCACCAGAGCACCGAGGAAUCUGGGGAUUUCUUGGUGGAGGCUGACUUGCAGCGCCGUGGCUCUGAGUACCUCAUUGACAACUCCCUGUUUUUACAUGUCAUAGUCAAGCCCCUCUACCAUAGUCUUAUUGUUUCCAAGAAGUAAAGCUCAUCCCCUUCAUAACCUUCUGUUCUAGUCUGACAUAACUUCCAUCCCUGCACUCACACACCUGCCUGGAAAUAAGUAGUACACCUCUAUUCACCAUUAAACAUUCGUAGUUUAUGAGAUUUCACACAGAUUCUUGAUUUUCACCUGUGUUUCCUCAUAUUAAACACUGCCUAUACUGUGCUGUCAUGUAUCAUUAACUUUAAGGUUACAUAAACUCAGUCCUGACUUGUUGCUUAUGCAGGCAAUGUACUGCAUUGCUUAAACCUAUGGUAUCAUUUUUGAAUGCAUUUUCAUUUGAAACAGCUGCUUUGGUGCAUUUUUGUUGAAACAGCAGUUUAUUUAGUCUAAGGCAAAGUGUUUUAAUGUCUGAACUGUCAACUUGUUGGUGCUACUAGAUCCUCACAGAUCAUAAAUAUGUCAUGCAUUUUAUAAACACCUGAUUUCCAUUUGGUCUCCUGCAUGAUACAAAAAUGUGCAUUAUUACAUUGAACAUCUCAGUUAUUCAGGACCAUGCAAACAUGUUCACAUUUGAAAUAAGUUUACGAAUAUGACAGUUUUGAUGUGGUUUAAAUAUUCACUGAAUGCAUUAAACCUGUUUGCCAUAAACUAGAAGAGGUAGCCUAAUGUCUUGGUUGCAAUAUAUUGGUCAGUGUUAAGAUUCUUAGGCUGUUCAAUAGAUGUUUACUUUCCUUUUGCUCACCUCAAAUAAAGAUAAAAACUUGAAA